AUGAUGGAAAUGAUGAGCCUAAUGAUGGAUGUAAUAAAUGCCAAUUUUAAUGAGAAUUACUAUGUAAAAUCUGCAUACAAGGCAGAUGUACCGAGUGUUUUGACGGAAACAACAUUUAAAAUUAAGUUUGUACAAGUACAUGUGGAGAUGGAAUAGUUCUUGCAUCUGAAUAAUGCGAUGAUGGUAACAAUGCUUCAAGAGAUGGUUGUACCUAAUGCAUUAUUGAUUUAAUAAACUCUGUAAGAAUUGCUAAUUUUAUUGUAGAGACGGCUUAACAUAAUAAUCAAAUAAUUGUAAAAAUAUUUUUGGAGAUGGAAUAAUUGUAUCAGCUCCGAUAUUGAUUUUUUUGAAUAUAGUGAUGAUGAUAAUUUCGCACAUGAUAAUGAUGGUUGCACAUCGGCUUGUAAGUUUAAAUGCUAAAAACCAUCAAUAUUUGAAACUUGUCUAUCCAAUAUAUGUCUUCAAUUGUGUUGAUGUAUAUCUAUUAAAAUCAAGAUUACAUAGAUGUGAAUGCAGAGAAUCCUGUCUUAAAUAUGACCUAUCUGAAGGAAAUGGAUGCCUAAAAUGCAAAAUUGGAUAUGAAUUACGUGAUAAAUAAUACUUUACUAUUUGUGGUGAUUAAACUGUCACACCUGAUGAAUAAUGCGAUGAUGGAAAUUUGAUAUUUGAUGAUGGAUGUCAUCUUUGUUAAUAUAAUUGCUAAGAUACAUGUGCUCUUUGUUUUAAGGGCAUAUGCUUGAAAUAUUUUUCAAACUAUUUAUUAAUCCUAAAAAGAUGCAUCAAAAUAAACUAUGAAGAUAAUAUUCGUUCUUAAAUAGAUUUUAAUUUUCCUUAUUAAUCCUAUGACAAUCAAGAAUGGUAAUCAAUUAAUUUUGUGAAUACAAUAAUUAUAUAAAAGCCAUCGCUCGAUAAUAAUCAGGAUUAUAAACAAAAGAGGUUAUGCAACAAAUGGAAUAAAUGUAUUUUACAUAUUAUUAAUAGAAAUAAUUAAAUGA